AUGAGUGAGUUAGAUUAUCAAAUGGCAUUAAUAUUACAACACAAAUUUGAACAGGAAUCAAAAACAACAAGUGCACAUAGUUCUGACCAUGAAUUAGCCCUUCGUUUGCAAGAAGAUUUCAAAAAGGAACAAGAAAUUAGCAACCCUAUUAAUGAUCUCGUGUAUGAGAGUAAGAAAAAGAAAAAUGUAGAUUUAAACUCCACUAAAUGUUUAAUAGACCCUUCCUGGGAGGUUAUAGACCCAACUCCAGAUAUCCACAACUUAUUUAUGGCAUUUAAUGAAAGAUUUUUUUGGAAUAAACUUUUAUCUGUAUGUGUUUCUUGGAGUAAAAGAAUGACGUCAUGUGCUGGAAUAUGUUCAUACCAAGGAAGAAGUGGAAUGUGUAGCAUUACUUUAAGUGAACCUCUAUUAAAAUUAAGGCCCAGAAAAGACUUGGUUGAAACCUUAUUGCAUGAAAUGAUUCAUGCUUUAUUGUUUGUGACAAAUAAUAACAGGGAUAGAGAUGGUCAUGGACCGGAAUUUCAUAAGCAUAUGUACAGAAUUAACAAUGCAGCAGGAACAAAUAUUUCAGUUUAUCAUGAUUUUCACGAUGAAGUCAGAUUAUAUCAGCAGCACUGGUGGAAAUGUGAUGGGCCUUGCCAAAAAAGGAAACCUUUCUUUGGCAUGGUCAGGAGAGCACAAAACAGAGCACCUGGACCCAAUGAUCGCUGGUGGGGAGAACAUUCAAGUACUUGUGGUGGAACAUUUAUUAAGGUAAAGGAACCUGAAAAGUCAGCUAAAAAAUUAGCAGCUGCAACUAAGAAACCUGCAGCGGUUCUUAAAAAACCAGGUGAAGAUAUUAGAAAAUUUGUCACACCAUCACAGUAUACCAGUAAAUCAGGGGACAAAGAAAAUUCAAAAAAUAAAGAUAACAUCAAAACAUUAAGUAAUCUAAAUGAAAACACCAAUAGUAAAAUAACAUCUGUAAUUCCAAAGAGUAAUAAUAUUUUUGGGUUUACAAACUUGGAUAAACCUUCAACAAGCAAACCUGUGCUAAGUGGCAGCAAUAAUAUUAACGGAUUUAACACAGGUCAAAUUAAGGGGGCUGUUAGUAAUCGUUCCAAUACUUUGGUGAUAAAUAAAACAAAUACUAGGACUAAAGAUAAUAAAAGUUCUACAAAAACUAAUAAUCAGCCAACAAUAGAAGAAAGUUUGAGUACAAGUAAAAAUAAAAAUAGUAGUCCUGUAAAAACAGAUGAUAGUGAUUAUGCCGUUGUAAGGAAUCAUUGGCUAAGUAAAUUUGAUAAUAUGAAAGAUAGUAGCAACAAUAAAAGAAGCCAGCCCCAAACUUGCACUAUAACAAAGGUUCCUAAACUAUCCACAAAUACAAAUGUUUCCAUUGAAAUCAAUUCCUCUAAAAAAUAUCCAGAAUUGGCUUCCUGCCCUGUAUGUAAUAAGCAAAUUCAAAUGACCAAGCUAGAUUUACACUUAGAUACAUGUUUAGAAGCAGGUAGCAAUGAAAGAGACUGUAUAAUAUGUAAUAAAAAUAUAAAUAUAUCGGAAUAUGAAAAUCAUGUUAUUAAAUGUACCAAUGAAAACUUUGGAGACGAGGACAGUGUUGUUUUAAUUGAACCAAAAGCAUCCGGUUUACCAACGGACACAAAAACAUGUAAAUACUGUGAUUUAAAACUGCCCUCUAAUGAUUAUGAUGAACAUGUAAAAGACUGUUUCUUAGCACAUAAAAUAAACACUGCCGAAACCAAAAAAUGCCCUGCCUGUGAAAAAUCCGUUUCUUCUCAAAAUUAUGAUACUCAUGUGGAAAAGUGUCUCCUAAAAAUGUAUGAUGAGAUGGAAUCUGCUUUUGGUAUAAAUACUGAUUUGAAUGUUAACUGCUUGGCCUGUGAUAAAAAAGUAUUAAAAAGCGAUUUAAAUGCUCACUUAGAAGACUGUAUGAGUAUGAGUAAUGUUUUUGAUGAUAGCAAUAUACCUCAGAUUGAUGAAAGUAGUGAUAGUGAUGAGAAAAUUAGAGAUAUACCUAAUGGGGAGGCAAAGUAUAACUGCCCUUGCUGUAUGAAGUUAAUAUUGCAAAAGGAUAUGAAUAAACACAUUGAUAAGUGCCUUAAUUUGGUAGAUUCAGAAAAGGAUGUAAAUAGAAAAAUCUUUGUUGAAAGUUUUGAAGAAGAUUUUUAG